AGUAUCCGCCGCGCUAGCAAGGCGUACUAAGCGAAUUUACUUGUAAACAGCGUGUGUAUAUUGUAAUACGCUGAUAAUAUACAGCAUUGCCAAAAUAUUAUCCAUAUAUCAUUGCCACACUAUCCCUUACAUAAUUUAAUCAUUGACACGUCAUUAAAGUAUAUAUAUAUUUGCUUAUUUUCUUUAUUUUUCUGUUUUUAUCGUAUUAUUUACUGUGAAAACGCCGGUGUGCAAAAUUAUGUGAAAACUUCGCGUGUAUAGUUCUGUUCAGUGACGUUUAUAGACUAACAGACAGCCCGUGUACGCUGUGUCUUCGACUAAAAGAUAAACUGUACAAUUUGAUCGGGAGCCGUUGACUUGUGGAAACAAAGGCUUAGUUAGUUAUAAAGGUGAACGUACGUGCAUACAGCCGAGAAACGAGAUAUCUUUAUCGCGAUCGUAUGGUGAACUGAUGCUCGCUUAUGAUAAGCGUUAAGACGAGAUACGAGCCCGGAGCGGAUGCGGCCGCCAACCAUGAAUUAGAUAUCGCUCACAACGAUAUCAGACGGAUGCUGGUUUCCUGAAGAUGGCCUCACGCACCCCGUCCCUUGAGUCGCUGCCUGGUGCCAACUCUAUAGGUUCCUUGGAGCGUGGCUCCUUAUCGCCCCUGACUUUGAGCGGAUCCUCGCCCCCUGCGAGCGAUUCCGCCGUAUGUGAUCUUCGUGAGUUCGACGGCCUCGACACCACCUGCGCUAUCUGCCGAGAGACAUUCGUCGACCCCAAAGUACUCAAUUGCUUCCACACUUUUUGCCGCGGGUGCCUAGAGCGGGAACAAACUCAUCCCGAGAAAGUCACUUGCGUCACGUGUCGUGUAGACAGCCAGCUGCCACCAGCGGGUGUGCCUGGCCUGUUAACGAACCUUGUAAUCGCCGCCGCAGUCGAGCAGGACGCUGAUCUUUUGCCAACUGCACGUCAGACAGCCUCGCCCUCAGCUCGCUGCACCGGCUGCAAAUCAAAAGAAUCUGACGCUGUUGCGCGCUGCGUAGAUUGUGCCAACUUCCUUUGUCCUAAUUGCGUCAUGGCACACCAAUUCAUGCAUUGUUUCGAAGGCCAUAGGGUUCUUGCCUUCACAGACCUGAAAGACGACAAAGGCAUGCUAGGCUCACUCACCCCAAGCGGGGACAAGACUGCUUUUUGCCCAAGACAUAAAAAUGAUAUACUGAAGUAUUUCUGCCGUACUUGCUCAGUGCCAGUGUGCAAAGAAUGUACCAUUAUCGAACAUCCAGCAACUUUACAUGACUGCGAGCAUCUCUCAGACGCUGGACCUAAACAGCUAGAACUUAUGCAGCAAGCAGUCAACGAAGCUAAAUCUCGUGCUACCGAAAUAAGGCACGUUGUAAAAACGGUAGAACACGCAGCGGGAAAAUUACAAGUCCAAUAUCACAAAGCUCAAAAUGAAAUCAAUGACACGUUUCAAUUCUAUCGCUCUAUGCUAGAAGAGCGGAAGCAGGAGUUGCUUAAAGAACUCGAAAGUGUUUUCUCAACUAAACAAAUUGCUUUGACUGUUGUCGGACAAAAAGCUCAAGAAACUGUUGAGAAAAUUUAUCAAACCUGCGAUUUCGUGGAGCGAUUGACAAAGUGUGCAAACAUCGCUGAAAUUCUAAUGUUUAGAAAACUGUUAGAUACUAAAUUGCAAUCUUUAAUGAGCACUAAUCCAGAACAGAGCGUGCAGACUGCUUGCGAACUAGAAUUUGUAUCUAAUUAUCAAGCGAUACAAGUCGGUGUAAGGAACACCUUUGGGUACGUUCGUUCAAGCUCGGAAGCUAAUGUUGGUCCCACUAAACAACCUCCUAUCGCGCGUCCAACAAAUGGAUCCCUGUUGAACGGAGGUUCUUCAUCAAGCAGCAGCAGUGUAAAUGGAAGUUCCGGUAGCCUCAAUGGAGGAAUUCAUUUACCUACAGGAUUAAAUGGCGUCCUAGAUCGCCCUUACACCAACGGACUACUCGGACCGACAAGUCAGUCAACUUCACCGUUUGAUUCAAACAUUAUUUCAAAAAGAUUUAACAGUCCUAACACUUUGGGGCCGUUCUCUACUGCCAUCGGAGAAAUUAAUUUGAACGGAAUAAAUCCAUAUGAAAAAUGGUCUAACGGCGGUUGCGACACAUUGUUUCCUCCAACCACUACUGAUCCUUACUCAUUAACAGCGGCUGCGCACAAUGACCCUAUUCUUGAUUUAACUAAUAAGUUGAUAUCCACUGCCAUUUUUCCACCAAAGUCUCAAAUUAAACGACAAAAAAUGAUUUAUCACUGUAAAUUCGGCGAGUUUGGUGUAAUGGAGGGUCAAUUUACCGAACCCAGUGGUGUUGCAGUUAACGCUCAAAACGACAUAAUCGUUGCUGAUACAAAUAACCACAGAAUUCAAAUAUUUGACAAGGAAGGAAGGUUUAAAUUCCAAUUCGGUGAAUGCGGUAAGCGUGAUGGACAACUUCUGUAUCCAAAUAGAGUGGCAGUAGUGAGAACUUCAGGUGACAUAAUUGUAACUGAAAGAUCACCAACACACCAAAUACAGAUUUACAACCAGUAUGGUCAAUUCGUUAGGAAAUUUGGAGCCAAUAUUCUUCAACAUCCUCGCGGCGUAACAGUUGACAACAAAGGAAGGAUUGUUGUCGUAGAGUGCAAAGUGAUGCGCGUCAUCAUCUUCGACCAAGUUGGCAACGUGUUACAAAAGUUUGGUUGUUCAAAACAUCUAGAAUUCCCCAACGGUGUUGUAGUCAACGACAAACAGGAAAUAUUUAUUAGUGACAACCGCGCGCAUUGCGUCAAGGUCUUUAAUUACGAAGGUAUUUAUCUGCGUCAAAUCGGUGGCGAGGGAGUGACAAAUUACCCUAUCGGCGUUGGCAUCAACGCGUCUGGAGAAAUACUGAUUGCUGAUAACCAUAACAACUUCAAUUUGACGAUAUUCACCCAGGAUGGUCAGCUGGUGUCCGCCUUAGAAAGCAAAGUUAAACAUGCCCAGUGCUUCGACGUCGCUUUAAUGGACGACGGAUCAGUCGUGCUCGCCAGCAAAGAUUACCGGCUUUACAUCUACCGCUACGUGCAAGUUCCGCCUAUAGGUAUGUGAGCCUCAAGACAAGACAAUCGAAGAAAAGAAUGACCGACGACCUCUAAGCCAAAAACCCACACACUGAGAUGUAAAUAGUUUACAGGAUGUUUACAGUUCUUGGACAUUUGUGUCAAUUUUUUUAAACGAAAGUGACGAUCAAGGACAAAUGGUACACUGAAGGAUUAUAAGUGCGAAUGAUUGUGGCUGUCUCGAUGUGAUCCUUGUAAUACGGGAGUUCUCAAGUUUUGGCAUGAGAUCAUCGGAUCCAUUUUCUAACGAUAAAGAAACUGUAUUGAGAUUAGUUGUAGUAUUGACUUUGUUAUAAUAUGAGUACCUAUUUGAAGAAUAGAGAUUAUUCCGUUGGUUCGAUCCAGUAAAACGAAAGGUUCUCGACCCUUAUCAUUUUUUGAUCUAUUGAAUAAUAUUUUUUCAUAUCCCGCAUCGUUAAAUUAGGGAUGAAUAUUAAGGGCGUCUGUAUUAUUUAGCCCAUUUGUUGGACCAAUAUUUUAACUAUUAUUACUUAAAAAUUGUUAGGCGUUAAGCGUGUGAUUUUAUUGUAAUAAGAGAGCAUCGAGCGGUAUUGUUGUUAGUUUAAGUAUAUUCUUCGGCACAACGGCACUUCCUGUUUUUAAUUAGCACUUAUUCUGUGUCGAUGGAAACAUAAUUAUGAAACUAAGUAAGAAGUUGUUACAUUAUUAUUAGGUAAGUGUUAAAUUGAUUGAGCUGAUAUGGACAAUCUUUAGUUACUACCCCUUAUAACGUAGUUACAAAAUUUAGGGAAAUGUGAUGUUAGGGGUUUUAUCAAUGACACAGUUGACUGCGGCGAUCUCUUCACAGCGCGUGUUGCACGUGCGACGGUAGGUCCUUCAGGAAAUUACGCAUUCUUAAAAACCUACCGUUCACUCGUGAAUAUAUAGAAAUACAUUCUGUAUUACGAAAUGGCAAAUAUUCCAAAAUGUUUUAUAAAGACCUCAGUCAGUUUCAAUGUUUUUUUUUAUUUUCCGCCGGUCUUUUGACUUAUUGUAAUAACCUUGAGUAUUAUAAAGCAUUUUAGACUUAACAGAUAGCGACGGUUGUAGUUCUUAUCCUUAAUCGAUAUUAUUAAGACGUGUUUCCCAAUCUUGACCGAUGACGUCAUUACCGCCUAGUCACUGAGAGCCCACGGACCCAUAAUUCCUCAAUUUCGUUGUUUUAAUAUUAACAAUUUAGUAACUCUUGGUUGAUAAUAAUAUUGUUCGUUUUUAUACAAAUUUAAGUAGGUAUUUGAAUAUUUUUGUAGGAAUUGGACACGGUAGUAACUAGUAGAGCACUUAGUAAAUUGUCGUCUCGCUAGACAUUUUUUUUUUUUUUAAUUUUAUUGCUGAUAUUUUUUGAGAUUUUAAGAAGUUGAAGCACCACGCGUUUUUAAUAUUUUGCGUUUUUUUUUUUUCUACUUACUGGAGUAUUAUAGUUUGCUCGGUAUACAAAAUAAUUAUACAAUUUGUUAUUCUGGUAAGAUAUUUUUAUAUGGAAACAACUUAUUUUUGUAGCAGUAGUAUUAUACGGUGCAUGUGUAACGUUUAUUUUUCUGUAAUAUUAUGCUAUUAUUAUUAUUAUUAUUUUUUAUUACAUUACCGUGUGUUUGAGUGUGUUAGCUGAAUUAUUUUAGUUUGAUUUCAUUAGCUUCGAUUUCUCUUAGUGAAUAAUUGUUUUUAGUAUAUUUUUUUUUUCUCGCUGAAUCUAUGACAAUGAAGAGAUCUGAAACACCCGCUGCUCCGAUAUCGGAGAUCGAUUCUUAAUGAACGAUCUGCAUAUGUUUUUCAUUUAGUUCGAUAUAUUAUUUUGGUGAUAUUCCUGUGUUAUGUAAUAAUUUAUAUCAUAUAUAUAUCUACAUAUUGAAGCCACGUCAGCUAUGGUCGCAUCUGGACCCGCCCUAUGCAAUACCUGCAGAACACGUGCCAUACAACCAUGUUGUGAUUUAAUAAGUGAUAUUUAGUAUUGUUUUUUUUUUUUGUAAAUAUGUACAAUAAUCAUCUGAUUUUAUUAAAUAAGUUAAACCAACCGAUAUUCCUCAAUGAUUUCACCGUAUCUACGCGUUAGUGCAAGACCGUUAUCUCGAUGAAUUCCAUGUAUUCGUAUGACCUAUGAAUUUAUUGUUGUUUUGUUUACAAUUAAUGCCAACACUUAUUUAUUUAUUUUAUUAUUAUUAUUAUUAUUUUGUUAUUAAUAUCUUGCGCUAACCGUAGAACGUUUAAGGUCGAUUCUUGAUGAUUUUUAUAUAAUUGUUGCAUUUCGCGACGCCGGCGUGUUCAGGAUGCUUUCCAUGUGACGUGUCUUCGAUCAGGUAUUAAGAAACGUUAACCAUUAGAUUAGGUGAAGUAGAAUUCGUCCAAUGUCUAGGGUUCAAAAUUCAGUGAUGUUCCACCAAUGAUUCUUAAGUAUAGAUUGCCCUGUUCCUAGUAAAUUAUUUUCUUUCAUAAGAUUGAAUUUUAUGUUUUAUUUCACUUAAUCUAUUGUGAUAAUAAAAUUAUUAAAAUAAGUCAAAUAUCGUAAUUGACCAUCGCAUCGACUUUACCGAGGAUUUUUCCGGUUGAUGAACCUCUUUAUAUUAAUCAACGACGCGUUCGCUGUACUGUUUUUGAAUAUUCUAAGGUUCAUUGCCCUUUAAAUCCGAAGCUGUGGCAGAAUCAACGCAGCUUUCAUAACUACCCUCAAAUAAAUCAUUCGUUAAGUGACAGAUCUUGUGUUGUGAUUUCAACGAAUGAAUAAUCUGGCUUAUACGCUUUAAAUCUAAAUCUUUCUCAAUAAAAACAUACAUCUUAUUAUAUUUAUAUUAAGUACCUUUAAUGUAGUGUAUUGAAAUCUUAUGUAAGGAUAUGCAAAUUAUGACAAUUGCUCCUUUCGCAUUUCAUUUGUAUCAAUAUAAUUCCAUUUAUUUUUUUAUUAUGAUUUAUUAUGACAGUAAUGAUUUUUUUUAUUAACUUUGGAAGCUAAUUUAGGUUACUGUUUAAUUUUUUUUUUUUUUUAAAUAAUUUUCAUUCACAAUUACUUAACUUUUAUUUGCAUAAUAAUAUAAGGAUAUAUAUAUUUUUUUUGUAUUAAAAAAAUAAACAAUUCAUUCUUAAAAUUGCAUUUCUAAAGCUUGAGGACUGAUUAAAAUUGAAAUAUGUUUUGUCUUUAAAUAUAUUUUGUCGAUGUUUGUUGUUAUAAUUAUUAUAUUAUUAUUUUUUUUAAUUAUUUGUAUAAACAUUUGUUCUUUAAAUUAAUGUACGUCGUUUUGUUUUGAAUUAUUUUUGUUGUAUAAUUGCUUUUUUUAUAAUAAUACCAGUUCAUUGCAGUUUUACUGUGUGUUUUAUUUUAUUUAUUUUUAUUUGCCCGAGUAGAGUAGUGUUUGGUCUCGGUUUCGACUACCUUACUUACUUACCAUUGGUAAAUUAGUUGAUACUGAAAGUCAUAACGUUUGUGCUGAUCAAUCGAUUCCACAUUCGUCACAAUCAGUCUGUGCCUUAUUGAAAAUUAUUUGUUUUUUCAAUAUAUUUCUUACUGCCAAAUCAUUUCCCGGCCAUUUAAUAACUUCUGUCUGAGGUUGUCGGCACAAACGUUUGCUAUUGGUGGUAGGCCCUAGAAGAGUGUGUGUGUUAUAUAAAUUUGGAUUCGUGUGUGUGUGCAUCUUAUAAGGCUCAUUUUAAACAGUUGGUGUUGGGGAACAAACGUUGACAUGACAUUUGUAAGUAUUGCUUUAGAUUUAAUCGUAACGCGUCGUAGAAGUACACCCCAUUUGUUUUUGCCCCUUAAGUAUUUUACAGCACAUUACAUUAGAAUUGUUCCAUUUAUAGAAUUUCAAUACCUCUUUAAAGUUAACUAUCGUGUCUCAGUGAAUUAGGCGGUAGUUCUAAUUUUCACGUUUCAACUACCUAUUCUUAUGAAUGUAGGCUAUACCUUACUCUACGUGUUUAAGAUCUCGUAUUCUAAACUAAGUAAAUUUAAUAUCCCAACUAAGCUUUACUUUUCUACAAACGUAGCCAACGAACCGAACUAGAUAUCAACUGAUCCAAUUCUUCAAUUCCCUACAGCGGCACUGCUUUUAAGAUUAAAAAUAAUCGCAAACCAAAAAAACCACUAUUUCCAAGUCAAUUACUCUAGGGAACAUUAUACUAGUUACUAGCACCUAUUAGUGACGUAAGCACGGGUUAGGCUUACGGAAAUUGUUUAUAAUUUUAUACUCAGCAAUUUUCUUAAGGAUAAAAUUAAGACUUCACUACACGGAUCGGUUAAUUUAUUUUGAUAGUCAUCUUAUAUUUGAACUAAUCUUACUAUAAUAUGCGAUUGCACCGACAUCGUACUUACACCGGCCCCUUUCUCGACUUUCUGCUACUUUUUCUUGAAGUUCUGCGUCAUAAAUAUGGAUUGCAUCCGCCUUGUCUGAGGUUUAACUUAAAUUACCAUUAUCAAAGGGAGGCCUAAUUAUGAAUCUCUUUAUGUAAGGAAGCAGGGAAAAACGCCAAUAAAGUAUUAAGAAGGCCCUGUGCUCUCAGUUGAUCAUUGAUGAAAUUUCAAGCCUUUGCGUAGCCCCGUCAUAGUUCUGUUUAGUUUAGCGAUAUCAUGAAACCAUAAUCCUCAGGAAGUGUGUAAAAAUGUAAAUACAUCUAGAUUAACUUCGUUAGUAGUCGUACUUAGGUAUAAAGCGUGCCGGGAUGUGUACAAGAUGGAAAAGAUGGGAUAAAUAACGGUUUGAAGGAUCGUAUUAGCGCGAUAAAGUGUGUAUUUUUAUAAUGAAAAUUAAAAUGAGGGUAGGUUGUAAGAGUUUGUUUCGAAUGGAUUUGCUACAAGGGGGAUUGCAAACGGUUGGAAGAGGCUGGAUUUGUUAAAGCUGAGGGAUAUAAAUACGCAUCCACAAGGACAAGUUUCGUCUAAGGGUUUAAAGUAACCAUAUCGGUAGGUAUAGUUUUAAAAUAUUGUUUUAAAACUACGUCAUAACAGUUAAUAAUUCACCUGUUAAUGUAUUCAUGAUGGUAGAUGUAAUGUAUCGAUGUUAGCUUGUCAUAUGUGGUUGAUGAUUUCUGUCACUAUAUAAGUUAGUAGCGAGUCGUUGAAUUUUUUAGGACCUAACGAGUUGAUGUCUUAUAGAGUUGUAAAUAAUAUUGUGGCUUUCAAGUUCGUUCAACUCAGGUCUAUGUUUGGUACAUACAGUGACGAUACCAUCGGCUGGAGAUAACGAAAUCCCUUUAGCACGAGAGAUAGACAUGACUUAAAAAGUUUUGGUAAUGGAAUAUUCGCUGUAUGUACUGUGACCGUAACGCGAUCUAUUGCUCAGGAAUUGCAUCAUUAUUUUUUUUGGUCAUUGUAUUUCGAUAAUUUACAAUAUUUUCUAUCAUCGCUUCUAAGAAAUUAUAUAAAGCGGCGGUGUUGUAUCAUUGUUGAAUUUCAUUGAUUCGCUAAUUAAUAUAUAAUUUAGUGAAUUAUGCACAGAACGUUGGUGUUUCACUUGAUUUUUGAGAUAUUUUCCUAAAUGUGAUGCCUGCGAUGAUUUUACUGCAUUUAAUGACUGAAAUUGAGUUUUAAAAAUUAAAAUGUAUUAGCGGACGUAGUGUAUGUCGGAGGGAGGAGUCUAGCGGUCGGAGGGACAAAGGAGGGUAUUCCCCGCAACCGUUCGGAUACUCGCACCGAUAGUUCACGUGUUGCCGGCAUUGUGAUUGUUGUAAGUUAAGGUGAACAAAGCACAUAUGAGCACAAACCAUCCAUCCUCAAAGAUUACGCUGAAUGUUUUGAUUAAUUCAAGUUUGAAUUUAUGAUACAUUUUAUUGUAAAAAAAAAUAAUAGUAAUAAAAAUAUUUUACUAUCGCUUAUGUUAGUUGAGAAGUUUUGCAGAUAAUAGUAUUUAUUUUCCCAGUAAUUUUUUAAGCGAAUAUUUGGAUUUCUUAAGGUGUUUUUUAUAUAAUAUUCUACUAAAUUAUUGAUGUAAGGUAUAAAUUUAUUACUUAUCUGUAUGAUUUGUCAUCGCUCCUUCUUGUUCCAUAGCAGUCUGUGGCAUAACGAUGUUUAUAUUUCUAUAAGAUUUGCUCAUUUGUUAUUGAUCUCUUUCGAGCUUACAGGUCUUUGUGUGCAACAGAAGGAGAAGGAACGAUAAAUACUAUCUCGUUCAAUAUUUAUUUGUCGAAGUGUGUUAGGUAAUUUACUAUGUAACUGUAAGGUGUGUGAUUUUAGUUAACUAUAAUGUUUUUAUACGCGGAAAGAUUCCAAAUGAAGCUGUGCAUAGAUGUUGGUAGCAAAUGACAUAUCACAGUAAUGUUUCUAAUUAUAAAAAAAAAAUUGAUAUAUUGAUGGAUUGAUGACAAGUGAGAUUGGUUAGUGAAAUAUGAAACGUUAGGUUGGAUCUGCUGAUGAUAUAGAGGCACUUUCACAUGUUGAAAAUUAAAGUUUUAAUAGCUAAUUGUUUCCAUGUAUUUGACAUAUCAUCCACAUAGUGGUGUCAUUGGUAAACUAAACGAAUAGUCCGAAUGAUUGUUAGGAAAUGAUAAUGGAGGGUCAACGAAUCGAAUGAUAUAGGUACGAUAGGGAAUUUGGAAUCUUUCACAUUGAAGCUAGUCGCCAAAGAUGUCGCUUUUAGAUAACUAAAUGGUAUCAUAAUAUAUGUAUGCACUUAAACUUAAACUUAGUUGUACGAUGCUUAAUUGUCCACACACAAAUCGAUUUUACACAAUUAAUGCCAUCCUGCCAGAAUAUUAAAACACAAUGCUUAUGAUAAACUAAAUUUAUAGUAUAUCCUACUUAGAUUACGAUGUAGUGUGUAUUUUUAGAUAUCGCAUUGUCUAUGUUAGUGUAGUCGGUAAGGACACCUUGAGCUUUGAACAAUCUGUCACGAUAUUUUUUAUGAAUAUACGUUUUAUGAUCUCCCAGCUCUCGACUAGUGUUAACUCUAGUUUAAGACACACGACACUCGUCUAAACACCGAGUUUUCAUUUAAUGUACACAUCGAUCUAUAAUACAUAAGGAGCAUGAAGCACAUAGCUUUACUGUACAUAAGGCCCGUAAUUAGUGUAAUGACAUCAAUUCGAUGUAAACCAGUAAUCUUUACUAUUUGUACUACUGAAACACCAUAAUGCGCCGUGGCCUUAUAUUUGAAGGGAUUUUUUAUUCCUUUUAAAGAAUAUGAAAACUCACAUAAAUUUUGUACAGAAAAACUUAAUUUUCUGUGUCUCACGUUCAUGAAGCAUUUAAUAUUGUAAUGUAAGUGCUAAUAUUGUACUCGUAGCGGCCGUGUAUAGAUUAGGUGUUAAAGUAGUUCUCUGUGUAGGUAUCGCUUUAACUAAGUCUUAAACUAAUGUUAGUCGUUGAUUUCAAUAUUUCGAUUCAUGCAUAUCCCCAACACUUGAUAAUUGUUACCUACAUUAGUUACUUUGAGACUGUUCAAAAUAUACUCUAUCGAGUUUUCUCUAAGGGAAAGGGCUGUUUUAGCAGAUAUUUUUGAUACAUUGAGGAUAAUCGAAGGGAAACGAUCUUGUAUUGUAGAUAAACAUUAAAAAUUGGCAAAGGGCGAUUCGGGAAAUGCUUCAGUGCUAAGGGGCACAUUGCGAAGCACAACGAAGCACCCCGAAGCGGCCCGAAGCACGCGUCGUAUGGACCUGCUUGUCGUCUCUACUUCAUAAGUGUGGAAACAAUUAAUGUUACUGUAACAAAAACAAUGUUGUUCUUUAUAAGAUGCGAUGUCACUGAUGACUUGUUGUUUUUCAUAUAUUCAUAAUAUUUCCUUUAUUUUUUGUACUCUUUAGUGUUAAGAUAAUUAUAAAAAAACUAUUCAAUGUUGACUACUCUAAAACCAAUAAUGUAUGUGUUAAGGAUGGUGUAAUUAGUUUCCCCGAGAGCCUUACUAGCGGAGAAGCCUUUUCCUUAGAAAGUUAUCUUUCCUAUCCCCAGUUUAUUUGUAAGUUUUAAGGACAUUGUGACAACGUGGAAGCUAACGAAAGAGUACGGAUGCAGAUAUUAAGACCAAUGUAAUAUCGUCACUUCUCUUGAGUACUCCGAUAAUCAUCUUUUUUCAUGUUUACAGAUUGAACACAUUUUAUAAAGUUUACCACUGAAACCUCACGCAUGACCGUGUUAGUUCUGGCCUAGCAAAGAAUUAAGGUAAUUUUAAGGGUUCGUCAUUUCUUACUUAGAUUGUAUGACUCAAUUUUAAGACUGAUCACAGAAAAAUAACAAAAAAAAAAGUGAAAAAAAUCCCGUAUCAUUGUUUUAAUUGAUUAUAUUUAUGUCUUUCUUCCCAGCUCGACUUGACGAUGGGGAUUUGGUAGGGUAUUUAUGUAAAACGAUAGGAAAUUUAGUAUUUUGUAAUUCGCUUCGUCAAUUCGAGCUGUUCUGUCGAAGCUCUACUGUCCUGUGUAUGACGAUAUAUCGACGAGGGGCGAGCCGGGGGACACCCGAUACAUUGACGUUGCUGUUAAAAUUGAUGGAAAAAAUACUAUUUGUUGCCAAAGUGUUGUUAGGAGUAAACUCUUAGUUAAUAAAAAAAAAAAUCGGUUGUCACAUGCUAAUAAAUUGUUCUUUGGUGGUUUGAUAUUAAGGAGAGAAGUUGAAAAAUAUUUCCAAUAAUAUAUUUUUUCAUAAACUUGAAUGCUAAUCGAUACUUAAUAUUUAUAUCUGUGUAGGGAUUUAAAUUGAUCGUGUGUAAAUCUUCGUCGCGGUCCGUCUGCUGGCUGAUCGCUGAUGUUUUUGAAUUGUUCGAGUGUUGUUUCAGACGUGUCGCGGCGACGGAUAUAGUUCUUUAGUGUCAUGUUACCUUAGAUUGUAUCUAUGAACCUGGAAUCACCCGUUUUCGCCUUCACACCGAGUCGAACCCACACGUUAGUGACGUUUGUGUUGUUAAAUUCUAAUGUAUUAUUUAUUUAAACUUAAUGCUAGUCAGAGAUGUACGGCUUUAGCUGGGAGCGGCGAGUUGUCUUUAUGAUGUGACCUAACAUCUGUAUAACUUGCCGCUAGUUGUGUAUUUUAUUAUGUAUUAUUUUCUUGAAGCUUUCACGCUUCUGUCUCUAGUCAAGAAGUUUGACAUUAUCAUAGAUUUUCUAAGCAUUCAAAUUGCAUUUCAAAUAUAUUAUUAACGAAACGCUUCGUACUAUUGACUUAGUGACGGAAUGUCGUAUAUACAGUUUACGUUUCAAUACGACAAAGGAAAUGUCUUAAUUUUUUUUUUCAAUUCAUUUUCACAUGCGAAACGAAAGUAUUAAAGGCUGAAUGUUUUUUUCAGUGCUUUUCGAGCUCAGCUUUCUCGUUUUGAAGAACAAUAAAAAACGUAAUUCUUUAAAAACUUUUGUACAACGACAAGCUUUGUUAAUAAUAACGAUUGAAUUAUGUCGUGAUUGUGACCAUUAAUUUAUUUUUUACAUUUUAUAUAUUUCUUUGGAGUGUAAUUAGUUUUAAGUUUGUCUUUUUUUUUUUCCUAAUUUAAUUGUUUACUGUUCGUGUGAGACAGGCUUUAGUGUUUUUUAUAAUUCUAUGACGUUUAAUCAUUAUAAAUAUACCUUAUCUGUGGAAGACGUGUAAUACGUAAUUGGUUAUUUUAACAUAACAUGGAGUUUGAGACGUUAAUUAUUGCAUAUAUAAAGUGAUCACAACAUAAUUAUAUUAUGUCUGUGAACAAUAAUUGGUUCUCGAGCUCUGGUUCCGUACAUUCCAUAUUAUCUGGCUUGUUCUUUUUGUUUCCCGUGGGUAAGACAUGCCGUGGUCUGUCCCGUACCCUGGGGACGGCAUCCUACUGAUUUGUUAUUCAGAUAAUAAUUAAGCUAGCAUCUAAGAAUUGAUAAAUAAUAUCUGAUGAUAAAUUUACUUGUAUGUUGUAUUAAAAUGAUGGACACGAAAUAAAUAAAGUGGUUUGAAAA